UCGCGGAUCCGCCAGUGCGGAGCGAUGCUUUGACUCCGCCCACCUCCUGUCAGCGCCGCUUUAAGUCCCAGUGGACGCCGUUUUAGUCGGACAAACAGCCCAGACUGGACCUGCUGCGCACGUCCAACGCCGGUUGUGGGUUUGAGAACGAGGUCGCGAAGUCUAAAGGGACGUUCUUUCAAAUGGGAGCGGUGGUGUAUCGCGAGUGGAACCAGUGAGGGAACCCUGUGGGACAUUGGUGACGACCUUCGACCAAACAGCUCCCCAGGACAUGGAUGUGGCGGCGGAUCAGCCUCGGUGGAUGCACCACCAUGCCGUGCUCAACGGUCAGCACCCGGACUCUCACCCCCACCACCACCACCACCACCACCACCACAGCCUGGGACAUAACUACAUGGAGCCCACGGCGCAGCUGCUGCCCCCGGACGAGGUGGAUGUUUUCUUUAAUCACCUGGACGCGCAAGGAAACCCGUACUACCACAACCCAGGCCGAGCCCGGGUCUCCUACAGCCAGGCGCACGCUCGCCUGACCGGCUCGCAGGUCUGCCGGCCUCACCUCCUGCACAGCCCGGGCAUCUCGUGGCUGGACGGCGGGAAAGCCGCGCUCUCAGCCCACCACCAUCACCACAACGCCUGGGCCGUGAGCCCCUUCAGCAAGGCCAGCCUGCACCAGCCCGGCGGCCCCGCGUCCCCCGGCAGCCUGGCGGCCGUCUACCCGGGCGGCAGCAGCGCGAGCGCGGCCUCCGCCGCCUCGCUCACCCCGCCGACUCACUCCAGCCCGCAGCUGUACACGUUCCCCCCGACCCCGCCCAAGGAUCACUCCCCGGACCCCAGGGCUUCGUCUCCGUCCGCCACCAGGCUGGAGGAGAAGGAUUCCAGCCCCAAAUAUUCCUUACCGGAGGCGAUGAAGCUGGAAGGUGCGAGUCCGCUCAGGAGCAGCCUGGCCUCGGUCAGCUCGCACCAGCCCGCGUCCACGCACCACCCCAUCCCCACCUACCCCACCUACUCCAUCCCCGCCGCCACUCACGACUACAGCGGGAGCCUGUUUCACCCGGGCGGCCUGCUCGGGGUGUCCACCGGGUUCCCGCAGAAGAACAAGAACAAGACUCGCUCCUGCACCGGUCGGGAGUGUGUGAACUGUGGCGCCACGUCAACACCAUUGUGGAGGCGCGACAGCACCGGUCACUACCUGUGCAACGCCUGUGGACUCUACCACAAGAUGAACGGCCAGAACAGACCACUCAUCAAACCCAAACGCAGACUGUCUGCUGCCAGACGAGCCGGAACCUGCUGCGCUAACUGUCAGACGACCACGACCACGCUCUGGCGGCGCAACGCAAACGGGGAUCCCGUGUGCAACGCCUGCGGCCUCUACUACAAACUGCAUAAUGUGAAUCGACCUCUAACCAUGAAGAAGGAGGGAAUACAGACACGCAACAGGAAAAUGUCCAACAAGUCCAAAAAGAUCAAGCGUUGCAACGACAGCUACGAGGAGUUUACCAAGAGCAUGCACGAGAAGAGCUCCUUCAGCUCCCUGGCUGGACACAUGUCAAUGGGCCACCUAGCGCCCUUUAGCCACACGGGACACAUGCUCCCCACCCCGACCCCCAUCCAUCCCUCCUUCAGCCACCCGCACCACUCCAACAUGGUGACGGCCAUGGGGUGAGGAAGGAGGGCAAAGCUGGAGUUGGUACGAAGACAUGUCUUCUGUCCGUCCUGAUUCUGACCUAUUAUGCAGCUGUAUAUAUCAACGGAGCAGGGGACUGUUUUCCUUCAUCAAAAGGUACCUGUUUUUCAUGGGUGAGGACAAAUGUAUCAGCCAACUCACACACAAGCCGUGGCAUCACUGCAGCAGUGCCAGCUGUCGUACAUGACUGCGGGAAAGUGGGACAUCCUGGACAGAUGGACCCUCCGAACAUCUGCUGGAUUCUUAACUUGCAUUUUUGCUGAAUGAAAGUUUAAAAUCAUGCUUCAGAGAGGCCAAUGAAAUGUUUAUUAACUCUUAUUUCACACUGUUGUAAUUAUUAUUAUUAUUAUUAUAAUGACGGUUGUAAUUGUUAUCCAGAUAAUUUAUUUUCAGCUUUUGUUGUUUUGCUAUAUUUCCUAAACCUUCCUGUGGAUCCUGCUAUGUCAGUUACAAAUGGUAUUUUUUAGCCUUUGUCUUUUCGCUGGUCAGCAUUUAUACUCGCUACAAUAAAGUGAUCAAGUCAAUUCAGGGUUGGCUCUGUGGCUCCACUGUUUCUGAAGAUAUUAAAGGAAAUAUUUAAUACAUAUAGAAAGACACGGCAGGAGGAGACACGGCGGGAACAGAAAAAUGUUGCUAGCAGAGCACUGUGCUGUUGCGUUUGAUGCCUCUAUUGAGGAACACAGAUAAACACUUGUGAGUGGAACAGUGCAAAUGAAUAACUGAAUAGAUGUUAGUGUCCAGAUUGACGUGAUGUGGAGGUGAAUCAAAAGAAUGGGUAAUGACAAGACUAAAUGAGAAAAGACAGCUACAGAUAGGACUAGAAAGAGGAGUGAGUCAGAAGGAGAUCAGGCAGGAGGAGUGAAUGUAAGACACAGAACUGUUCAAGCUUCAACUCUCUGUCUCAAUUUUGGUUCGGAAUAUUACAUUGUGAAUAAGCUGACUGUGAACAACUCGAAUGACGCGACCGUCACUUCCUAUAACAAGUCUUUCUUCAUCAAAUUGGGAUUUUUUUUAUUUGGAAUCUGCGGGCAGACGAUGAUUUGAGAGACGGACCAAAGCUGCGCUAUUUGACAGGCUGUACAAAUGCCCUGCCAUCAUCUGAGAACGCAUCGACCCAUGAAUGAAACUGAAGCCCCUUGUGUCUGGUCCACUUCAUCAGCACUCACAAACGUAUGAAGGGGCGUUUCUAAUUCCCCCAUGUCUUAAGUGACAAGACGCAGAAUUAGCACCAAACACA